UGAACGGAGAAUAAUUUCUUUCCCUCUUCUCGCUCCCUUUUUUUUUUGUUACAUCAUCCCUCGAUUUCCUCCUCUCCCCUUCUCUUACGGUGGCGAUGUCGUUACCUCCGUUUAGCUGCCGCAUUCUCGCGGCGGCGGUAGCCCUCUAUCUGAUUGCUCUGUUGUGCGUUGGGGCUGGCCAAGUUUCUUCCAAAGAUGGUGCCGCCGCUCCUAAAAUUCCUGGCUGUUCCAACGAAUUUCAAAUGGUCAAGGUCGAGAAUUGGGUUGACGGAGAAAAUGGUGAAACUUUUUCAGGCAUGACUGCUGAGUUUGGCGCCAUGCUUCCGUCUGAUAAAGACAAAGCUGUUAAACUACCGGUUGUCCUUACCACUCCUUUGAACAGUUGCUCCAGUUUAACCUCAAAGCUAUCUGGUUCUAUUGCAUUAUCUGUACGUGGCGAAUGUGCUUUCACAGCAAAGGCUGAAGUUGCACAGUCUGGAGGAGCUGCAGCUUUGGUGUUAAUAAACGACAAAGAAGAGCUGAAUGAGAUGGCUUGUACUGAGAAAGACACCUCCUUAAAUGUUUCUAUACCUGUUUUGAUAAUUACAACGUCAUCUGGAGAUGCCUUGAAGAAAUCCAUUAUGCAAAAUAAGAAAGUGGAGCUUUUAAUGUAUGCUCCAAAAAGCCCAGUUGUGGAUUAUGCAGUGGCAUUCCUAUGGUUAAUGUCGGUUGGAACAGUUUUCGUUGCUGCUGUUUGGUCGCAUGUCACCGGUCCUAAGAAGAGCGAUGAGCAGUACAAUGAAUUGUCACCAAAGAAAUUUUCAAAUGAUUCUACCAAAGGUGACGCUACUAAAGAUGACGCCGAAGAGGAAACCCUUGAUAUCAGUGCUACAGGGGCUAUUAUCUUUGUCAUAUCAGCAUCCACGUUCCUCGUUUUGCUCUUCUUCUUCAUGUCAUCUUGGUUUAUCGUGAUCCUGACCAUAUUUUUCUGCAUUGGUGGUAUGCAGGGAAUGCAUAAUAUUAUCACUACCCUCAUAACAAGGAGAUGCAAUAAAUGUGGCCAGAAGAAUGUGAAAGUCCCUCUGUUUGGGAAUACCUCGAUCCUCUCACUAGUCGUUCUGUUAUUCUGCUUUGUGGUUGCUGUUGCCUGGUUUAUGAAGCGCAAAACUUCGUAUGCAUGGUUCGGCCAAGAUAUUUUGGGUAUUUGCAUGAUGAUAAAUGUCUUGCAAGUGGCUCGGCUACCUAAUAUCAGGGUUGCUACCAUUCUUCUCUGCUGUGCAUUUGUCUAUGACAUCUUUUGGGUAUUCCUGUCACCACUAAUCUUCAAGCAAAGUGUAAUGAUUGCGGUUGCACGUGGGAGCAAAGACACUGGAGAAUCUAUUCCCAUGCUGUUGAGAAUUCCACGGCUUUCUGAUCCAUGGGGUGGUUACAACAUGAUCGGUUUUGGAGACAUUCUUUUCCCAGGCCUUCUUAUAUGCUUUAUUUUCAGAUAUGACAAGGAAAAUAACAAAGGAACCUUGAAAGGAUAUUUCCCGUGGUUGAUAUUCGGCUACGGACUUGGACUAUUCUUGACAUACUUGGGAUUGUAUGUUAUGAACGGACAUGGUCAACCUGCAUUGCUCUACCUCGUCCCUUGCACCCUCGGAAUCACGGUCAUACUCGGGUUGGUGAGGAGAGAACUCAGAGACCUGUGGAACUACGGGACUCGACAGCCUUCAGCUGCAGAUGUUAACCCAACUCCAGAAGCAUAAAUUGCUCCGACAUAUAUAAACUUAAAGCUCUGGAGAGACUCAAGAACAUAUGCAAGAAGACAAUA